CGAAAAAUAAUGGCGAAUAUAAAUACACGUUCUGAACCAUAAUUGAUCAAUUGUAUAUUUGUACAAAUAAUCUAUAAAGUUUCUCAAUUAAUUGUUAACUGAAAGCUAUAUAUUAUAUAUAUUUCUUAUUUAACUAAGUGUUUACACAUUACACAUAUUUUUAAUUGAGCUUCAUAUUAAGAAGAUGGAUGAAACAGAAGAAUACAAAAAAUGUUACAAACUACAGCAAACAUUAGUUGAGCUAGGAAAUUUAAUAUGGGAUAAUUCUUGGAGUUGGACAGUGAUCAAACAAGAUGUUGAUUUUUCCGUGGAGAAGGAUGGACUAUUUGAAGUAGGAGUUUCUACAUUUGUGAAUAUUACUGUGCUUUCUAACCGUUUAGAAAGACAGAAUGUGGGUUAUUGCUAUUUAUCACAUAUGGAUAGAGGAACUGCAUACAGUUUGGUGAGAAAAAUGUCUGUAUUGAAUGCUCUCAAGGAAACGAUGUGUAGUUUUGGAGGUGUAAUUUCUGAUAAAGUUUUAAUGGCUUUACAAACAAACAAUUGCACAAUUGGCCUUCCUAGUGAUCAUUCCACAAAGACUGAAACUCGAGAAUCUCGCAAUGAAAAUAGAAAUCCUCAAACAAAACCCUGUGAACCAACUAAGCCAAAAUCACCUGGAAAAAUUAAUCGUUUUCCUUCAAAAACAUUUAAUGACAAUCCAUCAGCACAAAAUAAUAUCUCGGGAAACUUCUCUUCUAGUAAGCCUAUAAAUCAAGUAAAUUUACCUGGAAUUGACAGAAGUAAUCCAAAUGUACGACUUCCUAAUUCUAACAAUGUGCAAUUUGUUUCCAAAACACCAGUCAACACUAAACCAAGCCUAGUUGUGCAUCCAAAAGUACCUCUCCAGCAAAUGCCGAGUAAUGUUAUAGCUCCCAUAACAAAUGAUGUAAGUAAUGUAAUUACCAACAACAUUCAAGGAAACUCCUUUAAUCCUAAACCUCUAAUGAAAACAAUAUUCUUGAAUCAGAACACCAUAAGUUACAAUAAUUGUCAUAUUCAACAAGAUAGUCAAAUGUUUAAUAACCAGGUACUAAGCUACCAAAGUCCCCAUAAAAAUAAUUUCGUCAAUAAUGAAUGGAUAACUCCAACAAUUUUUCAUGACGGCUUUUGGACAGAAAAUAAAGUUAAACUUUGGGCAAAUCAAAAUGAUCUGAUACAUUUAACACCGACUGGUGAUGGUUCGAAGUGCUAAAUAUUAUAAAUAUUUAAUAUAAAAUAUGAUAUUAAAUAUUAAUUUAAUAACAAUGUGAAUAUUAUUUAUGAUAUUUAUGAGCAGUCGAUCUCAUUAUUGAUUUAGAAUUGGGAAAGUAUUUGUAAGUGGUAUUUUCUUAAGAUUAUAUUCUGAGUAUAUUUUUAAAGGCCUAGAAUGCUAAAUAAGAUAAUUUUUA